UACGCCGCAACCAUGUCGCUCAGUCUUAUGCUGACGCUCUGCCAACGGAGCUCUCGGGGUGUUUUGUUCCGCCCGGGCAGUGUGAACAUCCGACUAGUGGCCGCCGCAGCCCACCAGCACCAUUGUCCAGCGGUAGAAUCGUCAAUCAACCAGCAGCACAGCCGGACGUUCCUCACGAUGGCGUGCGUACAGCAGCAGCAGCGUUGCGUGUCGAUCGACAACAUCAAUCCGGCCAUCAAAACCAUGGAGUACGCGGUGCGUGGUCCGCUGGUGAUUCGUGCCGGUGUGAUAGAGAAGGAGCUGGAGCAGGGAGCCAAAAAACCAUUCAAAGAAGUGAUCCGUGCUAACAUCGGGGACUGUCAUGCGAUGGGCCAACCACCGAUUACAUUCAUUCGACAGGUGCUGGGCCUAGUAUCGUAUCCACCGCUAUUUAAGGAUCCCAACAUCCCGGCCGAUGCGAAGAAGCGUGCCCGCGACAUCCUGGACGGAUGCAAGGGUGGCUCGGUUGGUUCGUACUCCGACUCGGCCGGCAUUGAGGUGAUCCGUCGGCAUGCGGCAGAAUACAUACAGCGCCGUGACGGUGGCAUCCCGGCCGACUGGCAAAACAUCAUCCUUUCCGCUGGGGCGUCCGGUGGCAUUAAGGUGCUCAUGGCACUGCUCCGGUGCCCGAUCGAUGGCAAAAAGCCGGGCGUAAUGAUACCGAUCCCCCAGUACCCGCUGUACUCGGCGACCAUUGCCGAGUUCGAUAUGGAGCAGAUCGGCUACUAUCUGGAUGAGGCGAACAAGUGGGGCCUGGACAUUGGCGAGCUGGAGCGUUCGCUGAACGAGGCGCGCAAAACGUCCGCCCCGCGCAUCCUGGUCGUGAUCAAUCCGGGCAACCCGACCGGGCAGGUGCUGUCCCGGUCGAACAUCGAGGACAUCAUCAAGUUUGCGCAGCGCGAACGGUUGGUUCUGUUCGCGGACGAGGUGUACCAGGACAAUGUGUACGAAACCGGCUCCAAGUUCCAUUCGUUCAAGAAGGUAAUGAUGGAGAUGGGUGAGCCGUACAGCAAGAUGGAGCUGUGCAGCUUCAUGUCGUGCUCGAAGGGCUAUAUGGGGGAGUGCGGCAUACGGGGCGGGUACGCCGAGAUCGUCAAUCUGUGCCCGGACGUGCGCACGAUGCUGUUGAAAUGCAUUUCGGCCCAGCUGUGCCCAACCACCGCCGGGCAGGCCGUGCUCGACUGUGUGGUUAAUCCACCGCAGAAGGGCGAACCGUCGUACGAGCAGUUCGAGAAGGAAAAGGAAGCCGUGCUGGAGUCGUUGCGCGAACGGGCGGAACUGGUCGCGCGCACCUUCAACUCGAUCGAGGGCUUCUCGUGCAAUCCGGUGCAGGGCGCGAUGUACGCGUUCCCGCAGAUCCGAUUGCCGGCGAAGGCGCUGGAAGCGGCCAAGAAGGAGGGCAAACCGGCAGAUACAUUCUACGCAUUCCAGCUGCUCGAGGAGACCGGGAUCUGUAUCGUACCUGGUUCCGGCUUUGGCCAGCGGCCCGGUACCUAUCACUUCCGUACCACGAUUCUUCCCCAGCCGGAAAAGCUGAAGGAGAUGCUCGGUCUGUUCAAAUCUUUCCACGAGAAAUUCCUGCAAAAGUAUAAGUAAUC